UGGAAACAGCAAAUCAGAAGCUUGUCCGCGUUUUAAACCGACCAAUGAGAGAUUUAUCAUCUUUGUUUGCGGAAGUGGAGCUGCUUUCCUCCAGAUGAGUACCUGUUCACUGGAGCAUCCCAACGGGCAGGAGGCCGACUCUCUCCCCGCCAAGAGGCUCUGCAAGGGGGAGUGCGCGCAGGAUGGGUCGGUCGGAGGUGGAGGGGGGAAGGCAAGCACGGCCGUGGAGGUGUCUAUAGUCAUACCAGUGCAUAACGCCUCCUGCUGGCUGCAUGAGUGUCUGCAGGGGAUUGUGGACCAGGACUACACUGGCUCUAUGGAACUGUCUGUCUACGAUGAUGCCAGCACUGAUGGUUCCAGAGCGAUAGUGGAGGGAUGGAGGGAGAGGCUGGAAAGGAGAGGUGUUUCCAUGGUGAUCUCUGGCCAUGACUCCGCCCAACCCAGGGGAGUGGGUCAUGCCAAGAACCAGGCUGUGUCUCAGAGCUCAGGAAAGUACCUCUGCUUUCAGGACGCUGUGAGUCACAACACAACGUGUUUAUGUUAACCUGUCUCCUGUGUGUUUGUCUGUGAGAUC